AUGUGUCCAGCAGCCAACGCCGGUAUGAAGCGGCACCUUGCCAUGGCGACGGCCCCUUCGACCGAGUCGCCGGCGCCGCGCCUGGAGGUGCGCCGCGCGCGGCCUGAGGACCGCGCGCGCAUCGAUAGCCUCGAGUGGGAGCACAAGUGGACGCAGCAGGUUUACGGCUACACCAAGGUGACCGCGCAGAUGGAGCACGCCGCGCUCAACGUGGUGGCCGAGGAUGACGAAGCGCGGCGCCGCUGCUCGACUCACGCCCCCCUCAGCCCCGCCACGUGCCUCUUCCAGACGCAGCUCGUGUGCGCCCAGCCGGCCGUGGGUGCCGUGCUCCGCGCCGUCCUCACCUGGCUGUUUUCGGUGCUGCCUGACCUGGAUCGCGUGUUCCACGCCACGUGCUGCCACCAGAGCGAGCUGGGCUUCCUCGAAGAGGCGAACUUCCGCAUCAUCAGCGAGCGCGGCGCGCCGGUGCCGGUACUGGAGCUGGAGCGGCGCCGAUACGUGCCGCGCCUGGCCUCGCGCCCUGCCCGUCUCGAGGACCACGACGAUCUGCGCGAAAUGUUCGCCGUCGACGAGCAGCGGCUGAAGGAGGCGUACGGCGAGUUCUUCCUGGCUGAAGUGAUAGCGGACGAGCGGGACUCGUCCUUCUCGGCCGUAGUGGAGGUGGACAAGCUGGCGGUCGGCAUCAUGAGCGUCACGACCGAGGUCGACCUCGACAUGCUCAACGACAACUUCGAGCUGGCGCCAUUCCACGGCCUUCGGAAGAAAACCACAGAUGACACGACCGGCUUGGCCAGCAGACUGUCUGACGAGGUGAUGGGGGUACGGCCCUCCCGGCUGUCGCCAGUCACGGAGGAAAAGGCCGACGAAGAAGAAAGCAAAACGGACGCUUCGGAUAGCAAGGACGGAGAGGCAGCGUCUACAACAGAGACAACGACGGAUGCAUCCAAAACAGCGGCUGUUGCGGAUCCUUCCAAGACAAAUAAUGAAACAAAUGCAUCCAAAUCCGGCUCCACAGUAGAUGGUCUCAAAGGAGCAGAUGCCGCAAAAGAUACAGCGAGUGGUGAGGCAGAUGGCUCAUCGAAGUCAAAAGUGGACGUAGAUGGUUCAAAUGCAGGUGAUUCAAAUGCAGAUGGGACAGUCAAUUCAUCAAAUUUGGGGGCUUCAAAGUCAGAUGGACCUGUGAAUGCUCCAAGAGAAGAUGGGGCAACCGGUGAUACGAAGGCAGACAGUACAAUGGCUGUGUCCCAACAAGAAAGCAAAGCAGAUGAACAAACCGGUCCUCCGUACACCGCAGUGAGCACCGUGCUGAGCGGCCUCUCCACCGAGCCGGUCACCGGGCCGCCGCCGCGGCCGCGCGCCGUGCCGCACUACCACGGCGCGCCCAACGCGGCCGCCAUCAACCUGUUCUGCAUCCAGGAGGAGCAUGCCUGCCGCUCGCUGGACCUGCUUCCGGCGGUGCUGGCGCGCCUACCGGACGUCGACUAUCUGGUGAUGACGGUGCCGGCCGACGAGCCGGAAAACGCCGCUGACGCAGCUGUUCACUUGUACGUGUUCCACCGAGCGUCGCUCAUCACGGACUUCGAGGUGGUGAGCGCGCGCAGCAACGAGCUGGGAGACAUCCGCGCGCUGGUCAAACACACGGACGCCGCCGAGACGCUGAUGCAGACAGUGCGCGGGCUGUUCAUGGACAACGCCGCCGAACACACAGUGCUGGUGGUGCGUUGUGCGGACCAGGUGGUGGGUGUGAUCGUGGUCCGGCACGAGGUCGAAAUGGAGUACGUCCGCUCGCACUUUGAGGUGGAAGAGUACGUGACGUUCGAGCACCACGACCAGCGCGACGGCUUCGGCCACCUUUACCACUUCGCGCUGAACCCCAUCUUUCAGCGGUACGCGGCCGUCAUUCUGGGCGAGGUGAUGCGGCUGACGACGUUCUCAGUGCUGCUGUACCCGGUGUUUCCGCCGGGCUCGACCGACACAGAGGGCCACAGCCUGACCUCGGCGCUGGAACAGCUGUGGCCACGCGCGCGCAUCAACAGCAGGGUGGUGGUGGUGGGCGGCGGCGACGCAGGCCUGGCCGUACUGGAGAGGCUGGUGUUCUCGCGCGAGCUGCUCUUCACCAACCUGACGCUUGUCGAGCCGCACGGUUUCCAGGGCGACUCCGAGGCCGGAGCACUGGCGACCGACAUGUGCACUUCCACCGAGAACUUCCAGCCGUAUCGGCUGGCCACUAUGUGGCUGCGCACCUGGGUCAACUUAGUGCGUGGCGUCAUGCACACCAUAGACAGGAAGCGCAAGUGCAUCCUGGUGUCGGGCGCCGCCGAGAUCCCGUACGACUACCUGCUGCUGACGUGCGGCCAGCAGUUCCAGCUGCCGGCGCGGCUGCUGCCCGACACGCCCGACAACGUGUUCCGCGUCAACUCGCCGUUUGACGCCGAGCGCGCGCUUGAAUACGUGCGCGCGUAUUGCCUCGACCGCGCCGAGAACGUGAUCGUGUACGGCUGCUUUCUGGAGGCGCUGACCUGCCUGGAGACCCUGAUCCAGCUGCCGUCCAACAACCGCAUCUACAGGGUCCAGCUGACGAGCGAGGCCGCCGAGACUAAGGAACGCUACCUCUCCUGCUGCGGCCUCUUCGUGUACGACCACAAAGGCGUGGAGCUGGUGACGUUCAAGGCGCUCAACGACGCCUCACUGGUGUUCGACGGCAGGCUGGUGAUUGAUCAUCAGUUCAGCACCAAUGACGCCAGCAUCAGAGCUGUCGGUACCAUGACCAAGUACUCCAGGAGGUACUACGCAGACAGCUUCGACCACUUCGAGUACAACUCGCGUGACGUGGGCCACGCGCUUGGCACCCAGCUGCUGAAGGUCUUUGGCGAGACCACCAGCAGCUGA